AUGCUAGCUCGUUGGCGUAGCUGCGCUGUCCACAACAAGGCAUUGCUACGCGCAACCAAGAAUCCAAGAGUAGCUUCGGCAGCAGCAACGCUGUCUCGUUGCGCACAGCAGUACUCCCAUAGUGAUGCACCGCUACGACUGUCACCUUACUGCAGUCGAACGAGGGGUGGUUUCGGUGCCGAACGAGGGGUGGGAGCAGGGAAGGGUUCGAUACCUGGAAAAAUGUCACAAGGACAAACACCACUGCAAAAACCACCUGGAUACAGGGAUGCUUCAAUCCCAAUUCAGAGGCCGCAGCCACUGCCACCACGAAAAGCCGCCGCCCUGCCGUCAUCAUUCUACCAAAAGAAGCGGCGAAACUGGUGCAGGACGUGUUGUUGCUGCACUUGCAUUGUCCUUGUUCUGUUAAUCCUCUUGAUCAUUGCUGCUGGUGCCUUUUUCUAUGCCUGGUUUGAUCCAAAGCUGCCUGUUGUCCACCUAAAAACCAUCAAAUUCACCAAAUUCAAUGUAACUAACACCGACGCGGGACCCGCAUUGGAUGCGCAGUCGAGUCUCGACAUCGAGAUAAAGAAUCCAAACAAACACUUUGAGUUGGAAUACGAUAAGACAAGGGUGGUUUUGAAUGCGGGAAAUGGUGAAAAUUUGGGGGAACAAACUUUGCCUGGAUUCACACAAGGGAAAAACAAUGUGACAACUUUGAAGUUUACAAUCAAGGCAAGUCAAGAACUUUUGGCAAAAAAAGAUGCUGAUAUGAUAAUUAAUGGAUUCAGGAACAAGAAUUUGGUGGUGAGUCCAGAGGUGAGGACUGGAAUUGGAUUGAAAGGGAAUGGAUGGAAAACUGGGAUAGUUCAAGUGGAUGUGAUUUGUGCUGGUUUGACAUUGAAUCAGAUUCAGAAUAGCGCUACGCCCGAAUGCCACAUUAAGUUGCUCGACUGGUAA